GUCUAGUUCUAAUUCAUACCACCAACAACAAUAUCCAACCAUAACCAUAAUAAUAAAGUUAAUUUAACAGACGCAACACAGCAGAACAAAACAAAUCAAAUUAAAGCAAGCUAAGCGAAUUGAGAAUAAUAUGCUCCCAACAAUCCAACCUGGACGGGACCUAACCUUAACAGCAGCAGAUGCCCAUGCCGCCGCCACAUUCUUCAAAUGCAUUAGCUGGCAAGUCGAGGAAACCUUAGAUUUACUGAAUUGCCCUUACCAUUAUGUGUGCGAGACAACUUACCCUGCAAAUUACCCACCUUAUGUUGAUAUCUUGGUCCUCCUCUUCGCGACAGCUUCUUAUUUGGUGACACUUGUGAUUGUUGCUACCACUGCAAGGUCUCGUUAUUCUUCUUCUUCUUCAUCAACACAAAGAACAACAAGGUACCUGCUUCCAUGUGGACCAAUAUCACUCCCACUAGUGAUCUUAACCUUUGCAAAGGGUCCUCAAAUCAACACAUUAUUCCCAAUAUCAUCCACUGGCCCUGCAAUUCUCCACCUGGUCCUCAUCUCUGCAUUGGUCUUUGACUCUCAGGAGGAGGAGGAGGAGGAAGAGGAAGAAGAAGAUGAGAACAAGAAGAAGAAGGACUUGAGGUAUGCAUUGUUUGCAGCAUCGACAGUAUCAGGAAUCCUGCAUGCAAGCCUGUACCUGGACUAUGUGGUGAUGCCUUAUUACACGGGCUUGGACGCCAUGAAGAAUUCGAGAUUGUCAGGAGAGUGCGAUUCUUGUGUGUGCAGGAAAGAGGAGCUGGUGGUGGGAGGGAAGGUGGUUAGGUACAGGGCUUGGUCACUCACCACUUUCAUGGUUGUUGGGGUUCUCUGUUUCAGGAUUAUAUGCAGAAUCGCCGCCGCCGGCAACAACAGAAUCAUGUUGCAGAGGAUUAAGGGGCUUAUGGAAAGGCUAAGCUGGCUUUUCAUAUUUCUGGAUUGUGUUUAUCUGGCAGCAAAAUCACCUCAUCAUCAUCAUGCGACACUUGCUGCUUCUUUUGGAGCCAUAUUGCUUCUCAUUCUACUUCAUCUCCUCAAACAGGCCUCCUUUUUAUUUUCUUCAAUGCUUCCAUUCCCAACACAUCUCAUCGUGAAUCGAAAUUCUCUAGUUAAACCGUUAUAAUAUAAGGAUCGUAGUUUUCUUUUCCUUUUUGUGUGUCUAUUGUUUUAGUCGGUAUAGAAUUCAAUAAGAUUUACAACCAUAUAGAACAUGGCUUAUAAGUUUAA